AUGUCUCCUGAGCCAUUCUUCGACUUCCUACCAGACGAAUUGGCCCAUUGUCUUUUGAGUACAUUGAUCCUUUCAGUGGGGACUUUACCUGAGCGAGCUUAUGAAGACCCUGUUUCCUUCCAACCGCAUGAGGAUGCUACUGUUAGUCUAAUUAACUAUCAGAAUUCCUCUUUUCUAACAACAGAGCCCCGAUGUAGGUCUAAAGAUUACCGUGUCUGCCAAAAUUUUUUCCAAUGCCAAGCUGACGAUGCUAGCCAAGCCUGGACACAAAGUUAGAUAUUGCGAUGCCGCUUCCCCAAAAACAUCCACCUGCUUCGGCAUUCGAUAG